AUGUAAUCAGAUGUGCCUUCGGAUGACAUCAUUACAUUUAUUUUCUAUGCGUGAACCCCAAGUAACGGGCACUUGUCCUCUCCUCUGCAUGAAGACCUACUUAACUUUAGCUAAGUCACUGAGUACCUCUUUUAUCUCUCCGUCCUCAUCUGCAGGGGYGGAUCCGGAAGUGGGCGGGAGUUGCCUUAAUUUCAGACACCUGUGGUUAAUGAUUGCAGCCCUGGAGUUUGAGAGUAUAAAACAGGCAGUCAACCACUUCUCUCUCACCUUCACUGUCUGAAACCAUGUCGUUCUCUGGAAAGUACCAGCUGGAGUCUCAGGAGAACUUUGAGUCUUUCAUGAAGGCCAUUGGUCUCCCUGACGAACUCAUCCAGAAAAGCAAAGACAUAAAGAGCAUCUCUGAGAUCGAGGAGGAUGGUGACAACUUCAAAGUGACCGUCACCACCGGCUCAAAGGUCCUCGUCAACACCUUCAAGAUAGGAGAAGAGGCGGAGCUGGAGACGCUCACUGGGGAGAAGGCCAAGGCGGUGGUUCAGCGUGAUGGCAACAAGCUGAUGGUUAGCCUGAAGGGAAUUGAGUCUGUCACAGAACUGGUGGAUGGAAACACAAUUGUCAAUACUAUGACUCUUGGCAGCAUUGUGUACAAGAGGACGAGCAAACGCAUGUAAAUAUGGGAUAAUAAAAACGGUAACAUAAAAAGCAGCACUAUCUUGAUUUCUGAGGACUUUUAGAAAUUGCUUGUUUUUGCUUGAAAUUGCUUGCUUUGUGUACUGGAACAAAAGGAGAGCUGUAAGAUCAUGGGACUGGAUGCCUUUUGUGAGGGUGACGUGUUUAGAAUUGGCUAAAGGCCACUUUAAACUUGACUGCAGGAUGACAUGCGCUAAUGACAUGAGUGUGCAUCAAGGUAGGUGGGGGCUGCGAAUCAAAUUUUUAUUUUUUUUUUUUUAUUUUUUUUUUUUUUCCCCCACUCCUUGCAGAACAUGACAAAUUGUUUUAGCACUUCACACACAAGCCAACGAGAUGAGCAUCUUAACCUAUUUCAAAAUGAACUGCUGCAAUCAAACCACCCAUUUUCAAAAUGGCACUUAUGCAACAAAAUGAUUCAAUGGUACAGUAUGAAUUAUUUUGCAGAAAUGCACCGACUUAACUUCAUACAGUCUUUUUAUUUUUGUUCCUCACAGGUGCAUUUCAGGAAAAUCUGAAUAAAAUGCUUUUGUUUUAUUUUUGCAAUUGCAUGUUUUCACAACAGACAGAAGUAGAAUUAAUGGCUUAUUGUAAAAUGCCUGCAAUGGAAAUUAGUUUUGGACCCUGCCUUCUGUUGGGGUCUGGCCGCAUCGCCUCCUCCACAGCACACGCAAUGUUGUUCGCGUGAGGUAACUUGAGGUCUUUCUUGUGCUGAGGGUCACAUUGACUUGUGUUCAAUUAAUUGUUUAUCUGUGUGUUGCCAAUUCAAGGAGCAUUUUUAAUUGUUUCCCCAAAGAUUGCAUGAGAUUUCGUUCUUGAAAGUGUUUAAUGUGAGAAACCUUGUGUGGUGUUUUGUAAGUGUGUUGCAGAAUUGAAAACGGUGCAAAAAGUAAAGCGGGGAUUGAAGAACAUGCCUGUAGUCCACUGGGUUGACGAGAUUAAAUCGUCUUUGGCACAAGACGUAUAUUACAAAACCACUUUCUCAAUGAAAUAUCCCCAUUUCAUUACAUGUGUGCAGCUAACAAUUAUUCAAAAGCUGGUUGGGCUUCUAAACUUUCUUUCAUGCUGGUAAUAAAUUACCUGGUUAAAAUGUAUCUGACUUCAGGAGCGUAUAGCUAAACUAUUGAUGGCAAUAGAGCUACUGCAUACUUUCAAAAAAAUAAUACUGCUACUUUCAGCGCUUCCACUGGAUUUGGAGUAUUGAAAAUAAAGUGUACAAGUACCACGUGAGAUCUUUUUAAUAAACAAAAUGACCUUGUGA